UUAUCUUGUAAAUUAAUUUCUUUUAAUCAAUCAAGCACUGUGAAUUGAUGCAACUUUCCAUUUUCACAGCUUCCAGAGGUGCACAUACUUAUGAUAGUGAGACCUUAAUGAAUAAACCUCCGCCAACCACCCCAAUAGAGGUUCAUUCUGCAGCAGUUCCUCUGGAUGUAGGAGUUCGGAAUCCAAUCCUUAAACCUCAAACCAAGACUUUGGGAUUGAAGAGGGUUCUGUUGCCCAAACAACCUGUAUUAUCCGCCUUAACAGAGUUGCCAGAACAUCAGGUUACCUCAGGUGGAGAAAUUAAGAGAAAUUUCCCCAAACAAAAUUCCAACCCAACUAAGACACUGGGAGUUAGGCCGACAGUCUUGAGGCCUCUAUGCCCAAAGCCCCCUAAAGUACUGAAUGUGACAAACCGACCGAAUAUACCAACUCUUCAGGCCCAGCCCAGAAAGGUAAUUGACACACACAUAUACCACUAAUAAAUAAUUUUCUCUUCAUAAAUUGAUAAAUUUACCUAAAUGUGCUUCUGCAGGAUUUUUCAACUUGUUUGGAGGGCCUUCCCUUGCAAUGGAUCCACAGAGAGUUCCAAGGCAGAAUUGUUGCUGCUCUCGUCGAUGAGAACCUAAAACCUCUUCGUCGUGCAACACUUCAGAAUGGUGUGCUCUCUGUGGAGAUCCAUGGGCGGAAGAUCAAUGAGGGGCACUCAUUCCUGCAAGAUGUCCAAGGACUGUCGCUUGGGAAGGUAUGCUGUGCUCUGAAUGAAGCCAAACUGUGUCCAGGCUUUAGCAACCAAAAAUACUCUUACC